GCGGUCGGUGUCUCUUUAAAAACAAGAUGGCCCCCGGCCCGGCUGCCCCCGCCCGCCACGCCCCUUCCGGGGGGGCGGGGCAGAGUGGCCGGAAGUGGGUCGCGUUUCCAAGAUGGCGACUCCCUAUGUGACUGACGAGACCGACAAAGAUGCUUGUAACGUUUCAGGGAAGUACAUUGCCUCCACACAGCGCCCUGAUGGGACCUGGAGGAAGCAGAGGAAGGUGAAGGAGGGAUACGUGCCCCAAGAAGAAGUGCCGGUGUAUGAGAAUAAGUAUGUGAAGUUUUUCAAAAGCAAACCAGACCUGCCCCCUGGUCUGAGCCCCGAGGCCAACGUGCAGCCAGGCAAGCAGGCCGCCAAGGCGGAGAGCGGCGAGACAGGACUGUCCAAGACAGCCAAGAGGAACUUGAAACGUAAGGAGAAGAGGAAGCAGCAGCAGGAGAAAGGGGAGAGGGAGACAGACGAACUGAUCCAGUCGCUGGAGAAGGCCACCCUCUCGGGGGGCAGCAGCAGGGACAGGCCCCCCCCAGGGGAUGGUAAGUCGGCCCCACGGCAGCAGCAGGCCUGCGGUGGAAAGGCCCUGGGGGACGGGGACUCCUCAGCCUCUGAGAAAACAAAGAAGAUGAAAAACCUGCAAAAGAAGCUGCGGCAGGUGGAGGAGCUGCAGCGGCGGCUGGACUCCGGGGAAAUAAAGCAGCUGACGGCAGAGCAGCUGGAGAAGCUGGCGCGGCGGAAGGCCUUGGAGGAGGAGCUGGAGGACCUGGAGCUGGGUUUGUAGGGGGUGGGGGGUGGGCCGGGGGGAGACUCUGACCCAGACUCGGUGCACGCAGGGUGAAUGAGUUCUGCCAGCUGUGCUGACCAGAGCCCCAGCUGCCCUGCUGGUCUCUGCUGGGUUUUUGGUUGGGUGCUGCCCGGUUUUUAAGAACAAUUUUCCCGGCUAUCGAUGUUAGAAACUCGACAACUCUUCACGCACCUCUCUCCUUUUCCAUUGUUUUAUUUGGGGGGUGGGGGGAGGGAAGGCUGGGGAUGUUGUUGGGAUGGGGUGGGCGGGGCUAGCACCCCAUGGCUGUUUCCCCAGCCCCGUAGGAUUCCCAGGUCCUCAGUGUUCUGUGUUCCAGCCACUCACUCCUCCUUUGAUUUUUAAAAAUGACGCAAUAAUAAAAUUGCAGCAGUGA